AGUUAGCCAUAGCAGAACGCCCGACCUAGUUCAUAACAGCAGGCGUUACAUCACUUUGGGUCGUGUCCCACCUGGGAAAUAACGGCCCGGAGCAAACUCCUCCUGAUUCAUGCAACAGGCACAGUGCCUCUGGCAUGACACACUGACCUGUCAAACUACGACGAGAGAACCAGAGCUGCAGUGACUUAGCAAAUUUGUAUUUCCGAGGUUAGCUGUCAAGACGCGACUGCUUUCACCGUGCACCAAUUGAGAGACAGACGAAAAGAUGUCCUGUCCGUGCACCUCUGCUGCCAGGGUGUUCCUGACCACUGCCCACAGAGGACUGUCAUGCUCCAGGAUCCAGCUGUACUCUCUGAGUCGUCAGGGCUUUCGGGAAACUCAUUUACCUUCCCGGGUACGUGUGAGGUCGUUUUCAGAGACUGCUGUCUGUUACGCCGCGAAAGACGGAACAACAAAAGAUGGCGGAAAUGAUUCCGGGAAGAAAAGCAUCAGCGAGGGGAAGAGACUGUCAGGAUCCGGAGGAUCAGGCAAGGGUGGAAGCCAGUUACGCUGCCCUAAAUGUGGAGACCCCUGCACACAUGUCGAGACCUUUGUAUCUUCGACACGAUUUGUGAAAUGUGAGAAGUGUCAUCACUUCUUCGUGGUCCUGUCUGAGACGGACUCCAAGAAGGGGCUGAACAAGGAGCCGGAGUCUGCUGCAGAGGCCGUCAAACUGGCGUUCGCACAGAAACCUCCACCUCCCCCGAAGAAGAUAUAUGCUUAUUUGGACAAGUAUGUUGUUGGCCAGUCUUACGCAAAGAAAGUGUUGGCAGUUGCAGUGUACAAUCACUACAAGCGCAUCUACAACAACAUCCCAGCUGGGAGCCGGCAGCAGGUGGAGGUGGAGAAACAGCCGUCUCUAACGCCGCGCGAGCUGGAGAUGAGACGACGAGAGGAUGAAUACAGAUUCACAAAGCUGCUGCAGAUCGCAGGGAUCAGUCCUCAUGGAAACGCUCUCGGGGCGUCGAUGCAGCAGCAGGCCAGCCAGCAGGCGCCUCAGGAGAGGAGGGGAGGCGAGGUCCUGGACUCCACACACACCGACAUCAAACUGGAGAAGAGCAACAUUAUACUUCUAGGCCCGACUGGUUCAGGAAAAACAUUGUUGGCGCAGACGCUGGCGCGCUGUCUGGAUGUUCCCUUCGCUAUCUGCGACUGUACCACCCUGACUCAGGCCGGAUACGUGGGAGAAGACAUCGAGUCCGUCAUUGCCAAACUUCUGCAGGAUGCCAACUACUCAGUGGAGAAAGCACAACAAGGUAUCGUGUUCUUGGACGAGGUGGACAAGAUCGGCAGCGUGCCUGGAAUCCACCAGCUGAGAGAUGUGGGCGGAGAAGGAGUUCAGCAGGGUUUGCUUAAACUGCUGGAGGGCACCAUUGUCAACGUUCCUGAGAAGAACUCCAGGAAGCUGAGAGGAGAGACGGUGCAGGUCGACACCACAAACAUCCUGUUUGUUGCCUCUGGUGCCUUCAAUGGACUCGACAGAAUCAUCAGCAGGAGAAAGAAUGAAAAGUACUUGGGUUUCGGGACUCCCUCUAACCUGGGGAAAGGGCGCCGUGCGGCCGCCGCAGCCGACCUGGCCAACACCAGCGGCGAGACGGACACGGUGGCGGAGAUCGAGGAGAAGGACCGGCUGCUGAAGCACGUGGAAGCCAGGGACCUGAUCGAGUUCGGCAUGAUCCCGGAGUUCGUCGGCCGCCUCCCCGUGGUCGUUCCCCUUCACAGCUUGGACGAGGAGACGCUCGUCCGGAUCCUGACCGAACCGCGCAACGCCGUGGUGCCUCAGUACCAGGCCCUGUUCAGUAUGGACAAAUGUGAGCUCAACGUGACUCCAGAUGCUUUGAGGGCCAUCGCCAGAAUGGCCUUGGAGAGGAAAACUGGUGCCCGUGGCCUCCGAUCCAUCAUGGAAAAGCUCCUCCUGGAGCCGAUGUUCGAGGUGCCGCACUCGGACAUCAUGGCCGUGGAGAUGGACAAAGAGGUGGUUCUGGGAAAAUCCCAGCCGAGAUACAUCAGAGCUCCAGCCAAGGAUGCGGCAGAGGAGGAGUACGACUCCGGCAUCGAGGAGGAGAACUGGCCUCGACAGGCCGACGCUGCUAACAACUGAUCCAUACAUGACUCAUUUCAAGUGAAGACCUCGCCGUCGGAAAUCAUUAGAUUACUAUGAACUUUUUGGAUACCGCCUUUGGUACCGUCUCUUUUAUUAUAGCCCCUGACAAUAAACUGUGGACGUCGCCGGAGAGGUUCUCAUGACGAACAAGUUGAAGAGAGUGUAACAACCUUUGAUCCCGUGCAUCAGAUGUUAAUCCAGUAGUGGUGCACACCCAGGGAAGACCUUUAUAAGAUAUUUCAAUCUCUAGGGAUUGUUAACAUUUUAUCUAUAUAAAGAUAAUGCAAUUUUAUUCAUGAAAAUAUUUGUAGCUAGUUAUUUUUUUUUUUCUUUUGUUUUCUCUUUGUGGUGAAGGUCUGUUGAUGGCAAGGGAAGCAAAUGGAAAUGAUGGGAUCAUACUGUACACUUGAAAACAUGGGGUGUUGAGAAAGUGUAGAUGUGAUGUUACCAUGUCAAGUAAUGCCUUACUUCAUAAGGGCAUGAUAUUCCAUGAGCACAUCAAUAUUUUGAUGUUUUUUCUUCUUUACCACCAUUGUAAUAAUGGUGCUCACAAUGAAGCGGGCUGUAAAUGCUUUAGCUGCACUGCUUGGGUAGUAUUUCUACGGCCUGGCCUCGAACCAUGAGAACACAAUGUAGAGUAGAUCACACCAGCACACUAAUCAGAGCAGGUGGGAAACAGUGAAGACCUUUUCAAACAGCCAGAAUGGUUAUUUUUCAGUGUUCUGCUUCCUUUGUUUUUUUUGUUUUUUUGAAGCCCAACGUCUGUGCGUGUGCAGGACUGGAUCAGAACGCUGCCUCACAGCGAGAGGAUAAGCAGGUCAGCUGGGUAACUUUGAAGUGCUGAUGGAGGUUUGUUUUGUAUUAGCUCCCUGACUCCAUAUUCCUGACUGAAUCACACCAGAUAUUCCACUACUUAAUAUCAAAGUUGAAAUUAGAUAAAUUAACCCUUUCCCAACUGGCCUUUCUCCAAACUACACUUCUUUUUUUUUUUUUUAAUCUGUUUUCCUUGUGUGCCCAGCUGUCAGAAACCCGCCUUUAGUGAUGUGUGCUGUUACUAAAUGGUACUCAGUUCAAGUCUCCACCUAAACUCUGAACCACGCUGCUGUACUCAGAUACUUACUGUGCUCUCAGAUCGACCUCCCUUCAUUUGAACUUUUGUUUUCUUUAAAAGUGUCCGAGCUGCUUUUCUUUCUCCAGAGGUCUGUUACAGAACCUGUAAACCCCCAAAAGUUUGUGGAACCUAAAAAUUGUGAUUGUUCAAGACACAAAAAUAAAAUGUAUAUCUGUACAAAA